AUGCACGCCGCUCUGCUGCUACACUCAACCUUAUUCCCGGCAGACCCGGAAUAUCAUCCCCAAAACCCUGAAAGGAUUACUAAGCCCUGUUCAUACGCUACGGUGGCCAAAACUACACCAGUGGCUCAGCCAGCUCACACGCCGCAGAGGACAUCCCCAGCCCCAACUGCUGGAGGCCCUAUUAAGACCCGCCCUCACGUCACUCGUCCAACCCGCCAUUAUUCCUCAAAUAAUCGCCUUAUUGCAUCCUGGGAUGACUUUCCACUUACACAGCCAUCUGGUCCACUCACUGAUUUUGUGGAGCGACUCAAUAGCAAGCUCUUGCCAAUGUCACGGGACCCCCCUCAUCAUGUUCUCGGAGCUAAUGUCUCAAAAUCAGGAAGGCUCAUUAUCCACACCGCAAACGACACUGGAACUGCUAGAAUAAAAGCUUGCCCGAUGACCAUUCUUCAAGCAGCUCAGGCCUCCGAUUGCUUUCCUAAUUUUGAUUCAACUAUUGGUGACCCACCCACAGUUCAUUCGGAUGUGCCAUGGCAUAGUAUAGUGGUCCAUGAUCUCCCAGCCAAUUCACUUCGUGACUCUUUUGACUCUGCCACUCCAAAAAACAGCAUAUGGUCAUUACUUGAAAAUGAGGCAGGGGUAUCUAGGCAGGAUAUCCGAGGGCAAAUACGGGCUCUUUGUCGCGACGGGGAGGAGUUCCAGAAGGACCGACUUUCUAUCCUCAUUAGGUUUGAAGACAAGAAUAUCACAGAACGGCUCUAUCACUCUGGCAUUUUUCUCUUUGGCUCCUGGUGUCGAGUCUCUCGAUAUUGGGAGAGGAAGAGGAAACCUCAACCUUCAACUCCAACUCCAGCACCCCACGCAGAAAACACCACGCCGCAAUAA